AUGCCUGCGAGGUUGUUAAUUCUUCUUGUAUUCGUGCUUGGCACAGUUUAUGCCGAGCCAUACAAGUGCAGAGGUGUUUAUAAUCCAUCAGAUUAUAUUGGAAAACUUCGAGUUCCAAACAACUGUGAUGUUAUUAAGCAACCAGACUGCCCAUCGUCUUGGAAGUCUGGAAUACCCGAAGGCAGCGAAACGUCUGUGCCAAUGAUUUACCAAAACUUUCUGAAUUGUCAUGAAGGUUGUACUUCCUGUGGAUACGUGCCGAUCGAUCCAAAAUCUGGCGAAGUCCUUGGGAAAAGUGGCGUUACGAUUGGUCGUGGUGUUGAUCUUGGAAGCAAGUCGAGGGCAUCUUUCACGUCAUUGUCAAGCAUAUUAGUUGACAAACUUGAACCUUACUUUGGUUUGAAACGAAAUCUCGCUGCCUGUGCUACGAUUGAACGUUCCUUGGGACUAACGCUGGAGGAAGCAAAUAUUUUAACUGAUGCUGUUACAAACGAUGUGGUUGAGAAAGUUUCAAAAAAAUAUGACAGCGAUAAAGAUGAGAAUGCGCUGGCGUUUGCAUCAGUUCCUCGCGGUAUUCGCACAGCCAUCGUCAGCGUUUGGUAUCAAUUUGGUCAUCAUUCGGCUUAUCCAAAGUUCUGGGGAUUUGUGACGAAAAAUGAUUGGGACAAUGCGAUAAAAGAACUGAGAUAUUUUUACAAGAAUCCCAACGAGCAGGCUAGAGGGGAUUUGAUCAGACGAAGCAACGAAGCGGACAUAAUUGAAGCAACUCUUUUGAGAUGCAACCGCUCUGUUGACGUUGUUCUCUUGAUAGACGAGUCUGGCAGUGUUGGAAGCAUAAACUUUCAAGAAAGCCUCGAUUUUGUAAAGAACAUGACAAAAGCGUUUCCCGAUGAGAAACUCAGCGGGAAAAACGGCACUAGAUUUGGUUUGUCCACAUUCAGUACCAGCUACAAAUCACAUUUCUAUUUAUCAAACUACACAAAGCAGUCAAGCUACCUUUCCGCAAUUAGUCGAGUUUCGUACGCCAGUGGAUCUACCUAUCUUGGUGAAGCUCUUGAAGAAAUCUUAACCGAUCAAUUCACCGAAGAACGAGGUCUGCGUCCAGAGGUAGAUGGCGUACCUCGUAUUUUGAUUGUUCUAACGGACGGCGAAGCGAACGACAAUGUUUCAAUUCCAGCAAAAAAUGUAAGAGAUGAAAACAUCGUUAUUUAUGCAAUUGGAAUCGGCGAGUAUAAUCUUGAACAACUUAAAGAGAUUGCUUCUUCUGAGUCACACGUUUACACGCUGUCUACUUUUACCGAACUUGAGAAAUUCAUUUCCAUGCUAACGGCGUCAUCAUGCUAUGAGCCUCGUCCUGUUUCUCUUAACGAGACCAUAAUAACAAAUGUAGCAAAGGACACGUAUCAGUAUUUCAGUUACAAAGUAAAGGAAUCUUCAAACCUCGAAAUCAGUGUAGCCGAUUUAUCUGGCAGCACGUUUGUUUACGUCUCUCGCACUAAUCCUCACCCUUCUAAGUACGACAAUGACAUUUCCUUCAACCUUUCACAACAAAAGAAGAAAAUCAUCGUCAUUCCAGCUCGGCCCAUACCAGAUACACGAAGAAAACGGUCAACCGACGUGGACGACGAGCGCACACGACAAAUCUAUGUCUCGGUAACUUCCGACACUGAAUCAGCUCAGUUCAAAAUUGAAGCCAAUGAAUGUAAUCCCUUGAACUGUACGGAGGGAACGAAUGAAAUACCCACAACUCAACCUCCUACCACUCACCUUUCUACAACUACUGGAACACCUUCUGCUACUGCAACAACUACUACUAAAAAACCUACUGCCACUGCAACACCUACUACCACAACGCUGAAAUCCUCAGCUCGUGUUGUUAUCGCUACAAAGUUCGUCGUGGUAUGUUUUGCGAUGUUGAUUACUCUUCUUGAAAUACAUGACAUUUGAAUAUUGUCUGGUUUGUUUCUGAAGAUAGAAACAAGCGAGGACCUUUCGUUAUUCCCAUAUUUCUUAGCUAUAAACAGUAUAUUAUUAAUGAUGAUUAUAGCAACAUGCUUUGCACUCUA